AGAAGAGGUUAACAGAUUGUAGUUAGUAGUAGUACUUAGUAACCAAGUUUGCUCUUUUUAAAGUAACGGAAAGCUGCCCGUUUUUAAUUUUGUUUCUUCCUCCUUCCUGGAUUAAAACUUGAAUCGGGGUUGGAAAGGGUUUCUGGGUCACAGGAUAGCCCGAAUUAGGUCGUCUGGAUAAGGGCGUGACCCGAUUCGAAAUAAAAACUGCCAGUUCAGUAGCCCAGUCGGUUAUUGAUCAGUGUAGGUAACUGGGUCACACCCCGACCCAAUUCCGCUGUUUCAACCCUUCGCCACCCCUUGCCGCCUCGUAUAAAACGGGCCGGAGGCGCUUCCCGAGGGCUCACUCCGGAGCGACCAUGGGCGAGGAACUGGAGGCGUUCGGCUCCGACGAAAUGACGCCGUAUAAAAUCGUCGACGCGACCCGGGAGAAGCGGUUCGGAGUCGUGGCAAACUCAUUGGAGAACCUCGUCGCCCGCGCCGUGGAGAAGCUGGGAUUGGCCGGGUCCGUCAAAGUUGUCCUCGAGCAGGAUGGAACCGAGGUCGACGAGGAAGACUAUUUCACGACCCUCGAAAAGAACACAAGCCUCAUGGUUCUCAUGCAAGAUCAGAGUUGGGCCCCUCCAGGACGAAGAAAGGGAGAAAGUAGUUGCGACCAGACUGACGGAGGCAGAGGUAUACAGGGUCUACUGCAACGGCUCCAAUCGGACAUCGGCCAGGUAUCGCUACUUGGAGGCUAUGAGCUCGAAUUGCUGUCGGACAUGGACCCUGACAGUCUCAAGGACAUCGUCUCGGACAGGGUGUUCCUUGACCAGUUGAAAGAAGCUAGUGGGAGAUUCCUGAGUGAGAAGAGGCAGGCGCAGGAUGCGAUGGACCUGCUUAAGAUCUACCACCGCCAAUCCGGAGGCAUUCAGGAGAAGAAAAAAGGGACACUAGCUCAAUGAGGAGAUCAGAUCCAUUUCCAACAGCUGCUCGCAGAUGCUCACCAACUGCCUACCCUCUAUGAUCUCGUCUUUCUUGUCACAACGAGCGGGGUGUGCAUCCAGAGCAACAGACCAUGUAAAAUUUGUUAAUUUAAUUUAUUAUUUGUUAAGGUUGCAGUUAAAGAGCAAGAGAAAAUGGCUAGGAAAUGGAUUUAAAUAAAAAUCUUAUAUAUUAUUAUUUCUUUUUCUUUUAUAACUUCAAGAAAGGAAAGAAUGAAAAAAUUUAACUGCAUUAUGCUUUUUGUGUGUUAUUUAUGUCAUGUUUCACUCAUACCAUUUUUAAUUUCAUAACUUCACUAAAGUCAAAUUAAAUCAGGUUGGUAAACAAAUAUUUAAACAAACUAAAGAAAGCUAAUUGUAAAGCAUUUGUGAUAAUUAAUGUUUCUAAUAAAACGAUGUUGUCAGGAGUUUA